UAUUAUCCGCUGACGGAAACUGCCGUGUUUCUUCCGGGUCAGCUUCUCGUCACGUCAAACUUCCUCGUCUAAGAUGGCAGCAGCGAUGGAUGUAGAUACGCCGAGCGGCACGAACAGCGGAGCGAGCAAGAAGCGGUUUGAAGUGAAGAAGUGGAAUGCUGUGGCACUGUGGGCCUGGGACAUAGUGGUGGACAACUGCGCUAUCUGUAGGAACCACAUCAUGGAUCUCUGCAUAGAGUGUCAGGCCAACCAAGCUUCUGCUACCUCUGAAGAGUGCACUGUAGCCUGGGGUGUCUGCAAUCAUGCUUUCCAUUUCCACUGUAUUUCACGCUGGCUGAAAACCAGACAGGUGUGUCCUCUGGACAACAGGGAGUGGGAGUUUCAGAAAUAUGGACACUAGCUUUAUCAUCGCUAACCUCUUUCUUGGCUUCUGCAGUCGUCGCGCCUCACUGCGUCUUUAUUCCCUCCCGCCUGUAAUACUAGUGUUUUUGUUUUUCACCCAAGUCUUUGCUUUGGUUUGUUGUAAGUACAUAAAUAAACAGGAAUGUGUUCACAAA